UGUAAGUUUGCUACAGUUUAUACGUCAAAACAAACAAAAACUAUAAACCUACACAAUUAAAAUAUGCUACAAUUAUUUCUGUUAUGCCGUUUGUAUUAAAACUGUGUGAUUAAAUUAUCUUGUACGACAAUAUAUAGGCCUAUUGUUAAGACUUUUCAGGUAAAAAGUUAUGAGCGGAAACAACUAUGGAUAGGAGUGAAGCUCAAGUUAUGUCUUCCGAAGAUAAUGACGUCUGCUUACCAUCCAACUCCUCAAGUGAUGAAGGUCCAAACAAUACAAGUAGAACUGAACUAGUAAACUUAGAAGACUCUCAAUGCUCAGUGAUAUCUAACUGCAGCCUCAAGAGAAGUGCCUCAACUCCGUUGCUGCCUUAUACUUCGACUCCGCUAGGUUUCAAGCAUGUUCAUCCGUCCGACGCAUCCAUACAGAUACCCAUAGUGGGCUAUGAAGUAAUGGAAGAAAGAGCUCGCUUUACUGUUUACAAAAUCAAAAUUGAAAAUAAGACUGUCCAAGACUCAUGGUUUAUCUUCAGAAGAUAUACAGAUUUUGUCAGACUGCACUCUAAGUUAAAACUAGAAUUUCCGAAGAUAGUGCUCACUUUGCCACGAAAACGGUGGUUCGGCAAUAACUUCAGUUUACCAUUUAUUGAAGAGAGGAUAAAGGGUUUGCAGAGCUUCAUAGAUAGUAUUGUAAACAACAAAGAACUUAUGGAAUCAAAGACAAUACGGGAUUUCUUCUGUCUUGAUGAACCUCCUUCGUACUCUGAGAUAGGUGAAGAGUCCAGAGCUAUAUUCGAAGCUCUCGAAGACACUAUUUACCAACUGCGGCUGCAACUUGGGGCUAAAGAAGCGGAGAUCAUGAACAUGCGAAUGUCAAUUAACAAUGCUCAAGAGAAAGCAGUCACCGUCACUCAAAAGCUCAAUGAAGUGAAAACUUGUGAAAGAUGCAAAGAGAAGGUUCAAGACGUCAGUGAUGAGCUACAGCAAGUUUUGUGCCUUCAGUUCACCAGUUCCGGUUCUUGAUCUGCCCUCAAAGUGCUCAGUCUUGAACUCUACUAAUUCUACAAGUUUGUAUUUACCAAGUCGGGACAAUGUGAGUUUCUAUUUUUGGUUUACAACGAGAUUUUGACAGAGACCUUGUAAAAUAACUCUUUGUAUUCUUAAAAAAUGUCAUAAAAUACAAUUGAAAGCUGAAAGCUACACUAUGUAUGUUAGCUAUGUACUCUAUGUACACUAUUGGAUGGGUUACUUUUGCACUUAUUGGAAGGUGGUUUUGUAAUUGUUGCUACUAUUAGCUGGUAAACAAUUAGAAGGUUAUCCAGAAAGUGCUUAAUGUUUUGAAAAGUUGGACAAACAUUGACAGAAAUUUGAAAAAAAUGACAGAAACAAAAUGUUUAUAUACUUUUUCAAAUGAACUCUUUGACUUUAUUUGCACACAUUAAAGUUAGGCCUUUAACAUGUUGUGUGGCAUCUUUUUCAUGCUCUAUGCAUGGUCGCCUAUUAUUCUGACCAAUGUAGGUCUAUUCUUUGAAGUAUCAUUAGAUCCAAAAUUUCUUGGUAACAGUGAAAACCAAGGUUUGGACAUUUUUAUCAACUAAGCAUAAUACAACUUACAUGAUUAGGCUUCACAUAACUAUGGUGCUUCAUGGCAAACAUUAUUUCAGCCCGCCAAAUUUGAUGGUAGCUAAUUAUUUCUUUUCCAACCCGGCCUAUAAUUAUUCAUGGCCAUAAAUUUCUUUUGGUUUACAUUUUGUAAAAAAACGUUUACCUAUAGGCUACAACAACAAUAAUUCACUCCCUUUAAGACCUUGCUGCAGUCGAAGCACAAAAGAUAAGUGUACAGGCUACCACAGUCGAAUGCUUAUUUAUUAUAGAAAAUUUUUGAUAAAAAGAUAAAGACUCUAGUGUUGUCUAUUGUCGCUUAAGAUUAAACAUUCCAAACAGCCUUUGUAUUAUAUUUUUCCCUAUUUUUAAAGCCUGAUAAAGAAGUUGGUUUUAAUAUUUUUUCAUGGAAGAAGACAUUUAAUGGCAUUGUUAACACUUAAAAACGUUUGAACCUUGUUUAAGUUUGACAAAUUUGUAUAGAUUUUUUUAAUAGUUUAAAUUUUAUUACAUGUCUAACUGUUGUUUAUGUUACCAUUUUCAUGCACAAAAAUGAUGUCAACCUUAACCAGCAAUUUAACUUUUAGACUUUUAUAAGGUAAAGUAUCUUUGUACUGUGCAAUUUUUCACUCAAAAUACUGUUGAUUGUGUGUGUUUAUUUUUGCGUAUUUUUAUAUUUCAUUUUGUAUAUAACCUUAAAAUCUCUGUGUUUGGCUUCCUGCAUUGACACUUUUUACACUUUUCAAGGUAAGAAGCCAAAAACAUAUUCCUGGGCAUUUUCUAGAGUUAUAUAUUUCUCUUCAUUGAUUGUGUGUAUUAUAAACCGAGGCCCUUUUUUAAAAACCGAACAAGAUUAGGAUACCCAAUUAAAUUAUCCAUCUAUCAUUCAAGGCCCUUUAAAAGUAUGCCAGCUCAACAAAAAAUAUUUAAAAGUAACUUACAAAUUUUAUUAGUUUUUAAAGAACAAUAAAUUUGUCAUUUUGCUCAUUUGAUUCAUGAAGCUAAAAAAAUAUUUAACUAAAAAAAAUAUAUUUUGAAUAGCCUAUGUCAUAAACUUAGACCUAGCCAAUAUUUCCGUCCACUAUGACUAUGGACUGUUUUUUUUCUUCCCAAGUGCAAUAGUUAAGUGGUAAAAUGUUUUACUCUUUUUACCGCUUAAGACUGAAUCUCAUUUUGUCACCUUCAGAAUAAUUAUUUAUAAAUUAAGCGAGUUUCAAGCUGUGCUUGAGUUACAUUUAUCUUAAUUGAAAAUAUAAAACAAUAUUUUGCGGUACAUUAUUGUAUUACAAAGUGUGCAAAAUUCUGUUCUAUGAUGCCUACGUUAGCUUUAGUUUGUUAUUUCCAUUUUUAUGUUUGGGGUUUGUGUUUGUCAAAAGACAAAAUUGUAUUUACUUAGUGUUUAUCAGAGAUAUAUGCAUUGU